CCGUUUCAAGUAUUCUCUUAGAUUAGAGUGAUCUCAGAGUCCAUUUAGAAGUACCGCCGAUCACAGCCGUUCUUCAUUGCCGCUGCCGGACGCCUCAGUUGACGUCGCCGAACACUUCCACCGAACGCCGGCCACUGCUGUUGAGUUUUCAUCUCUCUCUAACACCUCUUCUACAAUGCAGCUUACCGUUUCCUUCGGCCGCCUUCGCCGGAAUCGGAGCUUUGGAGGUUUAGAUUCUAAGCUUUGAAGGGAUUAGUGCCACUCUCCAACAAGAUAGAGGGCGUUCGAUUUGUUUUGGUUUUUCGUCUUCCUCAAGGAGUGGCGGCGGUUCCUCCAUGUUACGACAUUCGAUUUCGGUGGCUUCUGCAACUUUCAAAGCUUUGUAAUUUCCAUUAUGUCUGAAGAAGAAUGGAAGUCCCUUUUCCCAAUUGGUACCGUUUUCAAGUCUCCCCUUUUAAUCUCUGGUUCUUCCGUCAAAAAUUCAAUCGGCCCACUCGUCUUCAACCCUGUUCCAACCUCUCUUACCCGCCUCUUUUCGUCGCAGUCUUUAUUGCCUUCUCUUUCUCCUCCUUCAGUUCUCAAUCUUCCUAGAUUUCUUCUCACUUCUUCGUCAGUUGUUCCUUCAACUUCUUCCUCUGUUGCUUCACUCUUUGGUGAGCAGCAAUGCUGCAGUGAUCCACCUUCCGUUCUACGCUACAAUCGCCUCCAAUGCCUUCCAUGUCCCAAUUCCAGCAGUGUUGUUGUGUUUUUUCCCACUGGCCCUAAUUCUGACCAUGUUGGGUUCUUGGUGGUUUCUAGUAAUGGUUCAGGUUUGGACGUUCAAUCUGAUUGCAGUAAUGAUGUUUUUAGUGUUGAAAGUGAACUGAAUUAUCAGAUUUUUGGGAUUGCUGUGAACCCUAAUUCGGGUUUUGUUGAUGAUUCUUAUGAAGAUAUUGGGUUUCUGUUGGCUUAUACUAUGUAUUCUGUUGAAUGGUUUAUUGUGAAAAAUCAUGCAAUUGGUUCGAGUUGUCAGCCAAGGGUUAGUUUGGUUCAUAUGGGUAGCAAGGUUUUUAAAACAUGUUCUGUUGUUCAUGCUUGUUGGAAUCCUCAUUUGUCUGAAGAAAGUGUGGUUUUAUUGGAAGACGGUAGUUUGUUCUUGUUUGACAUGGAGCCUCUGUUAAAGACUAAAGAUUACAAUGCAAAUGUUAAUUUGAAAGGAAUCAAGUUGAAAGUUUCAUGGGAUGGUUUAGAUUGCUCGAAAAAGGUGAAGUGGUUGAGUUGUGAGUUUAGUUGGCAUCCAAGAAUCUUAAUCGUUGCACGUUCUGACGCUGUUUUUUUGGUUGAUUUAAGGGAGAAUGACUGUAAUAUUUCCUGCUUAAUGAAGAUAGAGACAUUCCCCACUUAUUCUCUGGGAGAAAAGGAACAAUUCCUUGCAUUUUCUAAAGCAGGCUCUGAUGGUUUUUAUUUCUCCAUUGCAUCAAAUCAUCUCUUACUUCUUUGUGACAUACGAAAACCACUGUCACCGGUGUUGCAAUGGACGCACGGUCUCGAUGACCCAAGCUAUAUGAAUGUUUUUAGCUUGUCUGAGUUAAGGUCUAGUCCAGGCAAUAUAAUGUAUAAAGUAGCUUCUGAGUCAGGUUAUUGCAUUGUACUGGGAUCCUUUUGGAGUAGUGAGUUUAACAUAUUUUGUUAUGGACCUUCUCCACCAGGUCUUGAUCAAUCUAUUUCUUCAAGAAGUUCAAAAUAUUUCCAGUCAUUUUAUGCGUGGGAGCGUCCUUCAAAUCUCAUAUUAUCUGGUCGAGAGUGUCCAUGCAGUAGUUGCCUUACAAAACAAGAAUCUUUGAAGGAUGCAAUUUCUGAAUGGGUAGAGUGGCAACAAAAGAAGGAAAUAGUGUUGGGCUUCAGCAUCUUGGAUAAUAAUCUCUCUCUACCAUUUACAGGACAAAAUGAAUACGGCAGUUUUACACUUAUAAGGCUUAUGUCAUCUGGGGUUCUUGAAGCACAGACUUAUCAAGCAUCUUGGAACUCAUUGAAGAAAAUAGAUGUAGUUCAUAAAGAAUCAUUGAAUCUUAACGAUUAUUUGCUAUAUGGAUGGUUGGUUGAUGAUAAAUAUAGAUUUACCAGAAGAUACAUGUACUUCAAUUUUGACUACCUAAUGGGAUAUUUAAAUGAUAAGUUAGACGAAGUUGUGGAUUCUUUCAUGAGGAAGUAUUGUAAGGAUUCUUUAUGUGAGCAAUCUUUGAGUCUCGAAGUUCACGAAGUUUUGUGUGAGAAAAUAAAAGCUUGUGGGUUUGAUCGUUUGAGGUCGACUCCAGCACUUGCUGUUGUGUUCAAUGACAUUAGUUUGCCUUCAAGUAUACAGGAGAUCGCUUUCAGAAAGUUGUGGGCAAGCUUACCCAUGGAACUUUUGCAUUUUUCCUUCUCUAGCUAUUCUGAGUUCCUUGACAACAAGAACACAGUAUCCUUUGAAUUUUUAAGUGUUCCUAGCCUUCAUCAGUUGCCUCCUUUUAUGCUAAGGGACCCAUCAAGCCGCAGUACUAAGUGGUCACAUAAGGUGCCACGAACUGAAAAUAUUGUAGGUCCAGUACUUCCUCUUCCCAUUCUGCUUGUACUUCACGAGUUUCGUAAUGGAUGUUCAAAGUUGGAAGAAGAAGAGGCAGGAAAAUUUUCAGUAGAAGCAGAAUUUCGUGAGCAAUAUGAUGAAAUUAGGUCUGCAGCUGGCGAGAUGGCUGUGUCACCUUUUGAUCCAAAGGUUGAUGAUGGUCCUGCUGUCUCUCUUGGUGAUGAUCGAGAGUAUGUUUCUGCUGAGUCUCAGAAGCCAAAGAGUUUUGUUUCAUAUAAUCCAUUUGCCUUCAAUUCCCAUACUUUGGAUAGCACACAAGGAAACUUGACUAACUGUGCCAAUGUAUUUGAUUCAUUAAUAUUCAAGUUAGGAGGAAAGGAGGCAUCCAGUGAGAAAUCUCAGAACAAUGCUAGUAGAGAACUCUACAAUGGUCUCUGCCCUGUUGAGCUGGAAUUCAACGCUCCCUUGAUGGACUUUGGGUCAAAAGAAUUGAAGGCCUAUGAUUUGUUGAAAAGGCAACUGUUGAAAUGGGAAGAUGGGUUUGAUGCAUACAAGGAAUUCCGAUCUAAGAUUUGAUGGACAUCAGUUUGCUUUGAAUCUCUAGAGCUUCAUGUAUAGAUUCUGAUAAGUUGUGAGAACAAGUGAACAGGUAUUCAUGCAAGGUACACAAUUCCUACUAAUUAGUAAUUUUUUUUAUAUCCGAAUUGUCUGGGCCAACUUAUGUGCAAUCGACUAAUCUCACGGGAAAAUCUGCUUGACCCUACAAGAUUUGGGUGUCAAGUACUACUAAUUAGUAAUUACAAAUCAUUUCUCUAGUUCUUCUGUUCUGAAGGAUUUGUUUUCACAAGUAUAUGAUGAAAACAUGUUUUCCAAAAGUGAUGAAGACUGAAGAGGAGCAAGAAAGUGUGGAGCUACCUCGACUACUACUGACUCAAGAGUUGUAGAAAAAGCUACAAUUUGGCAUCUAUAAAAGGGUGGAAACAAUGUCAAAGCGGUAGAGAUCUUUCAGAGGAUGAAGAGAGAUGGCUGCCAAGUGCCAACCUUCUACAGAUAUUUACACAAUGUUAAUAAACGUGUAUGGAAAAGUGAGCCUAAACAGUUGUGCUGGUUUUCCAUUUGGAGCUACAGAAAUAUUUUCACUCAUGCAAUAUAUGGGAUGUUAUCCAGAUAGAGCUUCAUACAACAUCAUGGUGGAUGCAUAUGGAAGAGCUGGCCUUCAUGAAGAUUGAAGAGGCGAUUGAUCAUAUUGGACGAUGUGGUAUUCAACUCACCUCCACGCUAACAUGCUGUUGUUUGUUGAUUCCACUCUUUUGGCAAUUUUCCUUUCAAUCCAUUAUUGAUUAGCAAAAGAGAAAUUAUCAGUUCCUACAAUAUAGUAAUUGUAAAGGGAAUGGAUUUGUUAAUAAGUUCAGGAAGGUUCUCCCAUCAGCGCUUUAAGGAUGUCCCUGAGAAUGCUGACAACCAUGGAAGGAGUGUAAUUUUCAGAUUGGGCUCAAAAUCAACCGGAACAGAUGUACAAUUUUGGUAAUUAAUAGGUGAUCAAGACAAGCUUAAGAAGUGGGCAGAGGCGUUUGAUUGUGAGGUGGGUUCUCUCCCUUCUUCUUACCUUGGGCUUUUGUGGGUCCUAACUUGAGAGCUACGACAUUUUGGAAUCCAAUUUGUGAGAAGAUUCAAAAGAAGCUGGCAGUGUGGUGUAAGGGUUUUUCUCUAAAGCCGGCAGAUAAACCUUGAUUAGAUCUGUGUUGAGUGGCUUUUUCAGGCCCCUACCUUGAUGUGCAAGAGAAUUGAGAAGUGUAUGAGAGUUUUUCUUUAAAAAGGGGUGAACAAAAGAACGAGAUCUCAUUUGGUUAGUUGGGCACCGUAUGGACUAGGGGUUUAGAGAUUGGUAACCUAAGAAUUUGCAACAAAGCUUUGUUGGCCAAGUGACUUUGUUGUUUCACCUUUGAACUCGAAUCCAUGUAGUGUCGGAUCAUUAGAGUAUGCAUGACACCCAUCUAUUAGAAUUUGUAGGGCCUGGCCCUUGGGGUGUUUAUGGAAAGUUUACCAUAAUUUUUUUUUUCUUUUUUUCUUAUGCCUUUGUGUAUUCUUUUUUAUCUCCUUAAUUGUACCUUUGUAAUUUAUAAAAAAAAAUAAUAAGAACAAGAUAUCAUGGUUUUUCUUCUGAUA